UUAACGUGUAAUAAUGGAGGUCGGUGUGCGUGUUUCCGUACCAGCGACUGUGUUUGAUGGAAAAUUUGACAAUUCCUGGAGUGUGUCUAUGUUUGGGGAAGAUUGGAAUACGGCUAAAUGUUACGGUGUUAUUACAAAAACCUUUAUUAACAACCGCGAUGUCGUGUCGGUCAAGUGGGAAAUAGACGGGCGAGUAACAAAAAUUAAUUGCAGUUCUCUUCAAAUAGAUGAUCCAGUUUCUGCUUAUAAAACGCAGUUUACAUCACCUAAUGAAGCUACGGACGAUGUUAGCGAUGUGGCGAGUUCGUCAUCAAACGAUACUAGUAGUUCGUGUAGUGAAGAGUCCGAUGAUGAAAAUCCGAAUAUUAAUUUGCAAAACACCAGAGAAAACAAUAAUCAAGUGAAAGUUCAUGACACAACAUGGACUUUUGGACAAUCUAUAACAGUAAACGCAUUCAAAGAUGCUCGGUACAAACCCCAGCUAAACUUUCGUAGUACACAAAAUUUGAAAGAAAUUGAUUAUUGGAUGGCCUUCUUUCCUUCUGAAGAUAUUGAUUUAAUUCUCGAAUGCACUAACUCGAACCUCAGGGAAGGCCGUAAAGUUAUUUCGAAAGGAGAAUUUUAUAAAGUAAUUGGAAUUAUGUACGCAAUGACAACAAAUAUUUUGCACACCAGACGUGAUUAUUGGUCUACAGAAGCAGGUUUAUUUCCGGCACCCGCAUUCGGUCAAAGAUUCGGUAUUGGUUUGCAUCGUUUUGAAGAGGUAAUAAAUAGUAUAGCCUUCGCAAUGCCCACUAAUAAUGAAGAAGAUAAGUGGUAUCAAGUUCGUUCCUUCUUCAACAUGACUACAUCAAAAUGGAAUGAUAUUUUUACUCCUGGAUAUAAAAUUACAGUCGACGAAUCCAUGUUCGCGUGGUACGGAAAAGGGCUCCAUAAUGAAAUUGAUGGUAUGCCUGCUGUGAUAAAAAUACAGCGAAAGCCAAAAGGUGUAGGCUGUGAGUGCAAAACAGUUGCGGACGUUCUAUCAGGUAUAAUGAUCAACAUUGAAAUAAAUGAAGGUAGAGAAGCUAUGCAGCAAAAGGAUUGGCAGAAGGAGUUGGGAGCAGGUACUGCAACAACACUACGGUUGACGCGCCCUUGGCAUGGUUCCGGCAGAAUCGUGGUUGGAGAUUCUUGGUUCGGUUCUGUAAAAACUGCCAAGGAACUACAUAAUAGAGGCUUGUAUUUUCUUGGUAUAGUUAAAACAGCAACCAAAAAUUAUCCUUUAGCAUCAGCUAAGGAACGAUGUCCAAACGAGAGGGGUUCUUUUGCAGUGGCUACUGCAACGGUUGAUCCAGGUGUAAACUUAAUAUGCGUAGCUUGGAGAGACAAAAAAGUACAUACAUUUAUUGGAAGUUGUGGUACGACUUUGAACGCAGAACCGGCAAAAAAGAAACGAACAGGUCAUGACGGUAACCAGAUCAUAAAGGAAGUGCCAAGAAAUCAACUUGUCGUAGAAUAUUUUGAUGGAGCUCCGGCAGUUGACAUUCAUAACCAUAUUCGACAAAGUGGACUGGCGCUCGAAGUUGUCUGGAACACUCAAAAAUGGUAUCAUCGCAUGUUUGCCAGUUUGUUUGGAAUAAUAGAGGCAAAUGCAUUUUUAGCUUUUAAAUAUUUUAAUAGAGAUAUGACAAAGAAGCAUUCUGAUUUUACAGAAGCGUUAUCCUUACAACUAAUAAAUAAUACAUGGAGUGAUGCUGCAAACAAAACUCGCGCUCCUCUACAAGGGUUAGGAAACGCACCACUGGAACAAGAACAACGAUGGUUACCUGGGGAACAUACAUUGAUUGCACUAAGUAGCGAAGAUGAUCCUCCAGAUAUGUACGUGGUACUGCCAGAAGCAGAUCAUCGACCUGCUGGCAGGACAGUCUCACUAAGAGAAGGUCGUCCUGCUAGCAGGACCCUCGACUCUGUACAAAAGUACUACAGGAAGAUCUUCCUGCAGGACGAAUCGUUGUACACUCUAUCAUUAAAGGAGCAUUCUGUAAAGUUAAAAAGAAGCAAUACUGUAGUCACAGAUGGGUCCACUAAGAGAAUCAGGGGCAAUGAAGGUGAAGACAGGCUCGUUAGUACCAGUUUUGCAACGCCUUUUGAUAGGUGUAAAAAUACGAAGCUUUCUGAAAAUAAAGCUCAAGAACUAAUAUGUAGCUAUAUCAUUGACGAAAUGCUACCGAUUUAUAAAGUAGAAAAGGAAUCAUUCAGAAGACUGGUAUCCGGUCUCAGCGGAGGUAUAAAACCACCAUGCAGAAGAACCUUAACAAAUCUAAUUGUGAAGAAGAAGGAUAAAUAUGUGACAACGUUAAAGACGAAAUUAGAUUCUGUGCAAUAUGUGUGUACCACAACAGAUAUAUGGAGUAGUAAUAACCGUAGUUAUUUGGGCAUGACAUGCCAUUAUUUUGAUGCUAAUUUAAUCAGAUGUUCUUCAGUGUUAGCCUGUAGACGCAUGCGUUAUUCCCACACACAUUUAGAAAUAGGGAGGGCAGUUUCAGACAUUCAUAAAGAAUACAACCUUAAAGACUCGCAAAUUGUCGGUACUGUGACUGACAAUGCUGCUAACUUUGGCAAAGCCUUUAAAAUAUUUUCUGCGCCAGAUAAUUUGUUAAAUAUUGGUGACCUAGACUUUUUAAUAGCUGAAAAUCUUGAUAUUGAUAUUAAUACUAUACCGGACUUUAUCGAAAUUGAGCAAGAUUUUCAAAAUAAUCUUGAUUUAGAGGAUUCUGACAUAACGUUGCCUCGGCACUUCAGAUGUGCUUCCCACACCUUAAAUUUAAUUGCAACAAAGGAUGCUGAAACUGCAUUGCUGGAUAGUGGUUAUAAAAAAAUAUAUAAUUCCACAUUUGCAAAAUUGACAGCCAUAUGGAACAUAUCGCACAGGUCAACUGCAGCUGCGGAUGAAAUUGAGAACAUUUGCAAACUCAAAUUAUUAGUGCCAUGUCCCACCAGAUGGAACUCUUUAUUCGAUAGUGUACAAAGAAUCCUGCAAUUACGAGAGCAUCUAGAAACAAUAUGUGAAAAAUUAAAAAAACCAAAAUUAAAAAAUAUUGAGUUGGAAUUUUUGUCAGAGUACGCUUUAGUUAUGGAAGUGCUUGCUAAAUCUAUUGAUAUUUUGCAAGGCGAAGAGAGUUGCUGUUUAGGGUAUUUACUUCCUACAUUAUUUCAAAUUAAAAAAACGUUAAAUUCUCUUUCGCAUUUGGUAUUUUGCACAGCAUUAAAAGACGCAAUAUUGGAUGGCGUUAAUAAGAGAUAUAAGGAUAUUUUGAAUUUAAAUAGCAGUACCUCAAAACCCUAUAUUUUGGCCACUGUUUCGAUACCAAAAUUUAAGUUAAAGUGGAUAACCUCAACAACAUCAGAUGUGAACCUUAUUGAGAGCACAACUAAGCUUAUCAAAUCCUUGUUCAUUACUGAAUGUGAAAAAGCCUCUAAAAGAGAUACUGCUAAAGCCUAUGAAGAGGAAAGUGGCGCUGCUUCUGCUGGCAGCGAAGAUGAUGAUUUCUUCGAUAUUCUUAAAAGUCCUCUUAGUCCAACGUCAAGCUUGCAUUUGUCAGAGAAAGAAUAUGUGGAAUCCGCAGCUUUUAAAAGUAUCGUUGAGAUGGAAUGCCUAAGGUAUUUUCAAGACAAAUCAAAGGAUAAGCUAUCUUUAUUGAAUUAUCCCCUCGUUAUGAAAGUAUACAAAAUUUAUAAUACUAUUUUGCCUUCAUCUGCACCAGUUGAAAGGCUAUUUAGUACGGCAGGACAAAUUCUGACUCCUAAAAGAAACCGUCUUUCCGAUGAAAUGUUUGAAAUUCUUCUUCUCUUACGUCACCAAACAGACCUAUUGCAGUAAUAUCACAAAUCACAAUUAAUCUGUAAGGUAUGAGUACAUUUGUAUGUAUUACUUUUUUGUGAAAUUAGAAUAGACAUUAAACUUCUUUAACAGCGUUCAUUUUUUCAAUGUACUUUUUAAAGUACCUACUUACAGUUUUUAGGUACUUUUACACUGUAACUGUACCUGUACCUAGGUACUGUGACAAAUAUGUACCUAUACCUGUACCUAAGUAUUUAUUUGUUCAAGUACCUGUAACUGUACCUAGAUACUGAAAUAAAAGUACCUAU